UAACAUUGGAAUUUAAUCCGAAUGCAAUCGAAACAAAUCAAAAUUAUACAAUAAUAGCAAAAAUCAAAGGCGGUGGAUAUUCUCUGUGCAUCGAUUGGAUUCAUGAAAAUCUUUAUUGGUUAGAAAAUACUAUGGACGGUACUUACAUUAUGAAACUGAACUUAACAUUAGUACAACAAAAAGGCAUCAAAACAUACGAAAAAAUCGCACUGGCUGCAAAGCAUACUUCAUUUUUAAAAGUAUUGCCAUAUAAGAGACAUUUAUAUUGGACAGUAGAUUCUUCAAUAGUGCAAACGGAUUUGAAUGGUAGAAACAAAUUAUAUAUGGCAGACAAUAAAUGCUUCUGCCUCAAGACAUUUCUAGGAUUGCAACAAAUUGAUUACACUUUUAUGACGAUUGAUACAACGAUUAUUGACGAGCCGCUAAUAUAUUGGAUAAUAAACAAUGAAUAUUUAAUCGUCACGGAUAUUAAUGGUUGUAAUUGCAAUAUGAUUUUAAGAUUUCCAAAUCAAUUUACUUAUCGUAUUAAUGAUAUAGUAAUUGAUAGUAUUAAUAUUUACUUGAUUACUUAUGAAAAAAUAUAUAUUUUAAGAAAGGAAAAUGCUCUUCUCGAAAGCAAAGAAAACAUAUUUCAAUGUUUUCAAAAAAUCCAUUACGGCUUUUUUGACUUGUUAGCUCUUGAUAAAACUUUACAAUUAUAUCCCCCGAAGAUAUGUCUAAUACCUACGAAAGAUAAUCGUGUUGAAGAAAUGUUAAUAACUGCAGACAGCAUUAAGGUGAACCUUCCGGAGCCGAAUCUCACUGACGAAUGUAAAAAGUACAAUUUUAUUUUUAUAUAUGACAUCUUUGUGAGUUAUUUAAAAUAUUUAGACAAUGAUCUCAACAAAUUCGAGGAAUUUCAUGUCGAAACGUACGAACGGCAGUACGAAUUCCAAAAUUUGACGCAGUUGACAGAAUACACGUUAACGCUGGCAGUGAGCAAUUAUUACAUCAACAAGAUGUCGAUGGAUUUGCAAUUCGGCCCAGAUGUAAAACUGAUAACUACGGGCAAGCUCUAUGCACCGGAUGUAGUAGUUAAAGUUGUAAUGCCAAAUCUGACGGUAAUUGAUUCGAUGACACCGAAAAAAUUAAAUUGCGUGGCAGUGAAUUAUGAGGUGAAAUUGGUAGAAUAUCCAAAUAACACUCAAGAAAAUCAAAAUUCGGUUUGCUUCAUAAAAGUCAAUAAACUAGAACGUACGACAAAUGGCAAGUUUUUCGCGGUAAUUCCGUCACCAAAGCAAAUAUACGAGAUAUACCUGUGUGUGUAUCCAAUUAUUCGGACAGAUGUCGUCACUGACAGUGUAAUAAAAACAGUCUACAUGUCCGAACCGAAUAAUUUAAGUUUGGAUGGGAUCGAUACAAACAGUAUGAAUAUCUCGUGGAUUCCAAGCGUUAAUCUGACGAUUCCUACUGAAUUCUUUAUACUAGAAUACAAAAAUGCUGCGUCACGAAAGAGGAUAUGGGAAAUUGCGAAUAAUAUUAGGAAUAAUGAUAAAAUAACAUAUCACAUAGAAAAUUUAUUGCCGCAAACUAAGUACAAAUUUCGUUUGAACUUAAAAUAUACUGAGUAUAAAGAAAAUUUCACAUGGCCGUCUGAUGGAAAAGAAUUUAUUUUUGAAACGCUCGGUGAUGCAAGAAAGAUUCCUAGCGCAACUGGGACAGCUAUGCAAUAUUAUCUGCCAUUAAUAUUAUGUCUUAUUGUAAUCAUUGUAAUAUACAAUGUUUACUACUUUUAUUGUACAUACAGGCAACGCAAAAGAAGUAACGAAAUAGUUUCGCCUCCAAUAAUGAUCAAUACGGAAUUAGUACCUUUAAAUGAAAUAUCUUUCGGGUGCACUCAACUAAAUUUGCUGAACCCUCCUAGAUUGCAAUAUAAUUCAGACGAAUUUGCGUUGACCAUAAUCGAAAAAAAUCAAAUUAUCCAAACAAAGUUUUUAGGUAGCGGCGCAUUUGGUAGUGUAUAUCAAGGAAUCAUAAAAAAUUUUGAAGGGUUGGACACAACACCAGUUGCGAUAAAAAUGCUGAAAAGACAAGCUUCUUCGAAAGAAAAAAAGGAAUUCUUGAAAGAGGCUAAACUUAUGAGCCACUUUCGACAUAAAAAUGUGCUAAGAAUAUUAGGCAUUUGUUUGAACACGAAUUCACCGUUACUUAUAUUGGAAUUAAUAGAACCUGGUGACUUAUUGAAUUAUUUAAGAAAUAAUGGAACAUUGCAAUCGUCAGAUUCGUGCGCGUUGCGUCUGAAAGACUUGCUCGCCAUGUGCGAAGAUGUUGCUCGAGGCUGUUGUUACUUAGAAAGGCAGCAAUUUGUGCAUAGAGAUCUCGCGUGUCGAAAUUGCUUAAUAUCCGUAAAAAAUCAUGAAAACCGUAUUGUGAAAAUCGGCGACUUUGGACUAGCCAGAGAUAUUUACAAGGAUCACUAUUACCGUAUGAAAGGAGACCACCCGCUUCCUGUUCGCUGGAUGGCACCGGAAUCUUUAGUGUUUGGAAUAUUUACUUCACAAAGCGAUGUUUGGGCUUUCGGAGUACUAAUGUGGGAAAUUAUGUCAUUGGGUGAACAUCCUUAUCCUGGCAAAAAUUAUUCCGAAGUUAUAGAAUAUGUGCGUGAGGGAGGCAAACUGCCAAAACCUCUCAACUGUCCACCGAUGUUGUAUCAGUUGAUGCUACAUUGUUGGAAAUCUGUAAUCGGUAGACCAAACUUUACAAAUUGUCUCAAAAAUAUCAAAAUCUUAAGAGAUAACAUAGAAGAUUCGAUACUUAUAAUAAGUUCGUUGGAUAUUUUUGGACAUGGAGAGACGAAUCAAUCGUAAUUCUUUUUAUGGGUAUAUAUUUUUGUAUAGAGUAAUGAAUUUUUGCGAUUCUAGAUAAUAUCUAUUAAGAAAUAUUGCUUUUAUUUACUUUUGCAUACAUUUUAUAACAUAGUGAAUGUUACAUUUAAUCCUUUUUUUAUUAAUAUUACAAUUCAAGUUAUGAUCUUAUUUACAAUAUGUAGAAAUUUUACUAUGUUUAAUAAAUUUUUUUAACUCACAGUUAUAUACAAUACUGCAAUCAAG